UCUAUAGUGAUACACAAUUUGCUCAUAAUCAGUUUUUCGCUUCCGCCGCUGGAAGAUAAAAUUGUAAAUAGCAACGCAGCUGCCUGUCUAAAUCUCCGGAAAAUGAUUCGCUUCAUACUGAUACAAAACCGAGCUGGCAAAACUCGCCUGGCCAAAUGGUACAUGAACUUUGAUGAUGACGAGAAACAGAAACUUAUUGAGGAGGUGCAUGCAGUGGUCACGGUUCGCGAUGCCAAGCACACCAACUUCGUAGAGUUCCGCAAUUUCAAGAUCGUGUACCGACGGUAUGCGGGUCUGUAUUUCUGCAUCUGCGUGGACGUGAACGACAAUAACCUGUGCUAUCUGGAGGCCAUCCACAACUUUGUGGAGGUGCUGAACGAAUACUUCCAUAACGUAUGCGAGCUGGACCUCGUCUUCAACUUCUACAAGGUGUACAGCGUGGUGGACGAGAUGUUCCUGGCGGGCGAGAUCCGGGAAACCUCCCAAACAAAGGUGCUCAAGCAGCUGCUGACGCUGAAUUCGCUGGAGUAGAGGAGGAGGUGGCAGUCCUCCGUAUCGACAAAUCGCCCGAUCGUCAGCAUUCCCCUAGCCCCGGCCAGGCGUUAUACCCGCUUAUCGAAUCUUUUCUCAUAUACUAUUACGCGUAUUAUUAUUAUUAUCUGUAAUGUGUUCUCUAUGCAAGCAAACACUCAAAUGUUAAAUACCGUGUUUAGAAACAAAUGAUGUACCAUAAGAGAUUGUAUGCAAAGUGCAAA